AGGUGGUCCGCAGUGGACGGGAGAAAGAGAAGCCCGGUCGUGCGCGUCCCCCGGCACACACUGGUGCUGCACGCAGUGCGCACCCAGCCAAAAGCCCCCAAACCCAAUCCACCACCAGGUCCACCACGUUUCGCCCUCCAAACCGCCGCCUCCCAUCCCAGCUCCCACCUCCCGCACUCGAAACGACGCUGCAUCCUCGCGCCGCGGGAGCAAUGCGCCGGUCGCUUCACGCUACCGCCGCCACCGCUAGGUCCUUCUAGAAGCCUCCGUACGAUGGACCCGGCUACGCCUCUCCUCGCCCUCUCGAAGGCCGUCUCCUCCCGCUCCAGGCCCUUCCUCCUCCGACGCGGCGGCUGCCUCCCCCCGGCCGCCCCGCUCCGCCACCGCUCCCCCUCUGCCGCCUCCGCGUCAGCGUCAGCGCCGCGGUGCCUCGCCGUACCGGGCGACCUCCUCCUCCUCUCCCUCGCGCGCCUCGCGCUCCGCGGCCCGGGACCUCGGCGGUGGUUCGCGAGCGUCUCGGCUGCCUCGUCGCUCGCGUCGGCCGGUCCUCCCCGCGGCGGUGGAGGUACGGGGAACGGUGAUGGUGAGGGCGGCGGCGGCGGCGGGGACGGGUGGAAGCGGCCGCGAGCUUCCCAGGGGACGAGGGUGGCGGAGGAAGCGGCAGGGCAGCAAGCCGAUGCCAUUGUCCUUGACGUUGGGGGGAUGUCAUGUGGUGGAUGUGCGGCAAGUGUCAAACGCAUUCUGGAGAGUGAGCCUCAGGUGAGGUCAGCAACUGUUAAUCUUGCCACUGAGAUGGCAGUUGUAUGGGCAGUGCCAGAAGAUAGAGAUGUGCAGGACUGGAAGCUGCAGUUGGGCGAGAAGCUUGCCAACCAGUUGACGACAUGUGGGUAUAAAUCCAACCUUCGAGAUUCUUCAAAGGUGAGUUCACAGAGGGUUUUCGAAAGAAAGAUGGCCGAAAAACUUGAAAAUCUGAAACAAAGUGGUAGAGAACUUGCUGUAUCUUGGGCAUUGUGCACCGUUUGCCUUAUGGGACACAUUUCUCAUGUCUUUGGAGUUAAUGCACCGUUGAUGCACCUCUUUCAUUCCACUGGGUUUCACUUGUCUCUCUCGAUAUUUACAUUUAUUGGUCCUGGUCGAAGACUAAUACUUGACGGAUUAAAGAGUCUAUUCAAGGGUUCUCCGAACAUGAAUACUUUGGUUGGUUUAGGUGCUCUGUCAUCCUUUGCCGUCAGCUCAAUUGCAACCUUCAUUCCAAAGCUGGGCUGGAAGACAUUUUUUGAGGAACCGAUUAUGUUAAUAGCUUUUGUUCUUCUAGGGAGGAAUCUUGAGCAGAGGGCGAAGCUAAAAGCUACCAGUGAUAUGACUGGACUGCUCAAUAUUCUUCCAUCGAAAGCACGUCUAAUGGUGGAUAAUGAUGUUGAGAAAUCAUCAUUGAUUGAGGUCCCAUGCGAUUCUCUUGCUGUUGGGGACUAUUUUGUGGUGCUGCCUGGGGAUCGCAUCCCAGCAGAUGGUGUUGUCAAAUCUGGAAGGAGUACAAUUGACGAGUCAAGUUUGACAGGGGAACCUAUGCCUGUAACAAAGAUAGCAGGGGCAGAAGUAUCGGCAGGAAGCAUUAACUUGAAUGGUAAACUCACAGUAGAAGUUAGAAGGCCUGGUGGUGAGACUGUCAUGUCUGACAUACUUCGCUUAGUCGAAGAAGCACAGACAAGGGAGGCUCCUGUCCAACGAUUGGCUGACAAGGUUGCAGGGAAUUUUACAUAUGGAGUCAUGGCCCUUUCUGCUGCUACUUAUAUGUUCUGGAGUAUAUUUGGUUCACAACUUGUACCUGCUGCUAUCCAACAUGGAGGUGCAAUGUCUUUGGCAUUGCAACUUUCUUGCAGUGUUCUGGUUAUUGCUUGCCCAUGUGCUCUUGGGCUUGCCACACCCACUGCUGUACUGGUUGGGACUUCAUUAGGUGCAACAAGAGGACUUCUUUUACGUGGUGGGGAUGUUUUGGAGAAGUUCUCAGAGGUUGAUGCCAUUGUGUUUGACAAGACUGGAACUCUAACAAUUGGUAGACCAAUCGUGACUAAAAUAAUAGCUUCCCGCAGCAAGGGAGAUGUGAGUACAAAGGAUUGCAGGGAUGGUGAAUGGACAGAAGUUGACAUUCUGAGUUUUGCUGCUGGAGUAGAAUCAAAUACAAACCACCCGCUUGGAAAAGCCAUCAUAGAAGCUGCCAGGGCUUCCAAUUGCCUCAAUAUGAAGGCAAAUGAUGGAUCCUUUAUGGAAGAACCAGGAUCUGGUGCUGUGGCUACCAUUGGUGGGAAACAGGUUUCUGUUGGGACAUUCGAUUGGAUUAGGAGGCAUGGUGUCGUUCACAACCCAUUCCCAGAAGAAGAAUAUUUUGGCCAGUCUGUUGCAUUUGUGGCAGUGGAUGACGCUCUAGCUGGUCUUAUUUGUUUUGAGGACAAACUCAGAGAAGAUUCUCACCAAGUUAUUGAUACCCUAUCUAAGCAAGGAGUUAGUGUGUAUAUGUUAUCUGGGGACAAGGAAAGUGCUGCUAAUAGCGUGGCUUCAAUUGUUGGUAUCCAGGCAGACAAGGUGUUUGCUGAAGUUAAACCACAUGAGAAAAAGAAGUUCAUAUCUGAACUUCAGAAAGAGCACAGGUUAGUUGCAAUGGUUGGUGAUGGCAUUAAUGAUGCUGCAGCACUAGCUUCAGCUGAUGUCGGAAUUGCGAUGGGUGGGGGUGUUGGUGCAGCUAGUGAUGUAUCUUCAGUUGUACUUAUGGGUAAUAGGUUAUCUCAGCUUGUUGAUGCUUUAGAGUUGAGUAAAGAGACCAUGAGGACAGUGAAGCAAAAUCUGUGGUGGGCUUUCUUGUAUAACAUUGUCGGACUCCCCAUCGCUGCUGGAGCAUUGCUUCCAGUUACGGGGACGAUACUGACCCCAUCAAUAGCUGGGGCUCUAAUGGGUUUUAGUUCGGUAGGAGUGAUGGCCAACUCAUUGCUUUUGAGGGUGAGAUUGAGUUCGAGGCAGAAGCCCAUCAGCCAUUCUGAGACUACGCAAGAGCCACAAAACCAUUUCUGACGCCCUACCAGAUACCACUGAUGAGGCAGAGAAAAAUUACUCAUCAAAAUGGAGGAGUACUUGACUUUAUGGUUCAAAUAUCACAACAUAUUCUUCAUUUGUUCAUGCUGAUUCGCACUCAAUUCAAUAACACGGGCCACAGGAAAUCCACAAUGGUGGGGUGCCGCAGCUUGCUCUAACAGAUAUAAGGUCGGGUAAUGUGUCAUCUAUUCUCUCUCGGCCAUGAAUGUCACUCGUCAGUUAAACAAAUCAAGCAGGUAAACAACAAUAUGGAUAGUAGGAUAGGUGAGAUCAGCUUCUGCGGUUUGGUAGCUCUUUUAUGUUGAAUUGUUGAUUCUCUACGUAAUAUACUAUUGUGUGUGCCACUGGCCUGCUGUACAACUUUCCAGAGCCAAAUACAGGCAUAUGUUUUUUUUUU